GGCUCCCCUAUGCGGAGGAAGCAGAUAGGCCGCCGCGAUAGCUUACAGCCCCGACCUCCGCCGCCUCACUGCUGAUGGCGGCGGCCGCCGCCGCUGCCUCCCGGUUCCUCCGCUUGGCCCCGCGCCGGCUCGCGAGUCCGAAACUCUCUCCGCUCGCAACGCUCCCCUUCCCGCACCAGACGCCGCUCGCCGCCACCUCGGGGUGGCGACGCUUCUGCGCCGCCGCGCAGGCCUCCGCCCCCGCCACCGCGUUGGCAGGGGAGGCCGUGGGGGAGUUCUGGAAGCGGAUGCGGGUGGCGGACGUGAAGGGCGGGGAGGACGAGGGCACUGCGUGGGUGGGGAAGCAGCUCGCCGUGCGCGGGUGGGUGCGCACCUGCCGCGCCCAGAGGACCGUCACCUUCGUCGAGGUCAAUGAUGGCUCUUGCUUGUCCAAUAUGCAAUGUGUAUUGACUCCUGAUACAGAAGGUUAUGAUCAGAUAGACUCUGUCACUACUGGAGCAUCUGUACUAGUGGAGGGAGUUGUUGCAAACAGCCAGGGCGGUAAGCAAAAAGUGGAGUUGAAGGUUUCAAAGAUUACUGUGAUUGGGAAAAGUGACCCCACAUCUUUUCCUAUACAGAAGAAACGGGCAUCAAGAGAGUUUCUUAGAACUGUGGCCCAUCUCCGUCCUCGGACAAACACUUUUGGUGCGGUGGCAAGAGUGAGAAAUGCUCUGGCAUACGCAACUCAUAAAUUCUUUCAAGACAAUGGAUUUGUUUGGGUAUCAAGCCCUAUUAUUACUGCCUCAGAUUGUGAAGGAGCAGGGGAACAGUUCUAUGUGACUACUUUGCUUUCAAACAGUGCUGAAGGUGGUUGCCUAGUCAACGAUAUUCCUGCUACCAAGGAUGGAAGGGUUGAUUGGUCACAGGAUUUCUUCUGCAAACCAGCAUUUCUGACGGUGUCUGGACAGCUUAAUGGCGAAACAUAUGCUUCAGCUCUAUCUGAUGUUUACACAUUUGGUCCCACAUUUAGGGCUGAGAAUUCGAACACGGCUAGACAUUUGGCUGAAUUUUGGAUGAUUGAACCUGAACUUGCCUUUGCGGAUCUAAACGAUGACAUGGCUUGUGCAACUGCAUAUCUCCAGUAUGUAGUAAAGUAUAUUCUAGAGAACUGCAAAGAAGAUAUGGAUUUCUUUAACACGUGGGUUGAGAAAGGCAUAAUAGAUCGAUUAAAUGAUGUAGUGGAGAAGAACUUCGUUCACUUGUCAUACUCUGAUGCUGUUGAGCUACUUCUUGGGUCUAAAAAGAAAUUUGAAUUCCCGGUAAAGUGGGGGUUGGAUCUUCAAAGUGAGCAUGAGCGAUAUAUCACAGAAGUUGCUUUUGGUGGGAGGCCUGUAAUAAUUAGAGAUUACCCAAAGGAAAUCAAAGCUUUCUAUAUGCGACAAAAUGAUGAUGGGAAGACAGUUGCUGCAAUGGAUCUGUUGGUUCCUCGGGUUGGUGAACUUAUUGGAGGAAGCCAAAGGGAAGAGCGUCUUGAUCACCUUGAAGCUCGCUUGGAUGAGCAAAAUCUUAACAAGGAUAGCUACUGGUGGUACUUGGAUCUACGGCGAUAUGGAUCGGUUCCCCAUGCUGGUUUUGGUCUUGGAUUUGAACGGCUUGUACAGUUCUCAACUGGAAUAGACAACAUUAGAGAUGCCAUUCCAUUUCCCCGAGUCCCUGGCUCCGCUGAGUUUUAGCGCCCUGAAAAUGUUGGCACAUAUACUUUACAAGCAUUCUUGGCUGGGGCACGAAGACAACCAUAUGGUGUGUUUGUUCAUUGUACAGAGUUGAGCUGACUCGCUGCUAAUCUGGAGCAAAUCAAUUUCGUUGUUUUGUGUUGCUUACAACAAGGAUAACGUGAAUUAAAUCACGAUUGUAAUUUGAGGAUGGGUUUAUACUUGUUGGUAAUUUGAACAUAACAGUUUUGUCA